AAGAAAGCCUGCCUGAGUCAGGAGAACCUGGAGGGAAGUAGUUUCACCAUCAUCCCAGCAAGGCUGUCUGAUCCUCAUUUGUCCUCUGGAGUCAGCCUGUAUCUAUCUAUCCAAGCAAAGCCAGGAUCCCAGCACGCAGCCAUGAUGAGGACAGGCUUCCAGAGGGUGGCAAGACUUUCCCAUCACAAAGCUCUCCCGAGAACCCCCCAUCUCUUGCCCGGACUCAACCAGGCCUCAGCAUUCGGAUCCUCCACAGACUCCCUGGUUGCAAGAUUCUGUCCAGAGAACACAGAUUUAAAGGAUUAUGCCCUUCCCAAUGCCAGCUGGAAUCCAGAUAUGCUGAGCCUGUACCAAGAAUUUCUGGAGAAAACCAAGUCAGACAGGUGGAUUAAACUACCCUCCUUCAAGUCCAACAGAGAACAUAUCCGGGGGCUUAAGCUCCCAUUCGGGCUGGUAGCUGCCUCAGACAAACAGGACUGGCGCAUCUUUACCAGAUGCAUCCAACUGGAAGGACAAGGCUAUGAAUAUGUCAUCUUUUUCCACCCAUCUGAGAAGAAGUCAGUCUGUCUUUUCCAGCCAGGCCCCUACCUGGAGGGAGCACCAGGGUUUGCCCACGGAGGGUCACUGGCAGCCAUGAUGGAUGAAACAUUUUCUAAAACUGCCUAUCUGGCUGGAGAAGGACUAUUCACACUAAGUCUCAACAUCAGGUUUAAAAACCUGAUCCCCGUGGGCUCUCUGGCUGUCCUGGACAUUCAAGUAGAGAAGAUUGAGGACCAGAAGCUAUACAUGUCCUGCAUCGCCCAGAGCAGAGACAAGCAGACUGUCUAUGCCAAGUCCUCUGGUGUUUUCCUUCAGCUGCAGCUGGAAGAAGAGCCAUCCCAGCAAAAAUGACUAUGCCUUCAGCAGAGUUGACAGUAAUGACUCAAUCUACCUGGGACUACCACCUAACAGAUAAGGGUCCCCAGGACUCAGGUGGCAGAUGAGGGAGAAGGCACUUUUACCACCCCAUCAUAAGCCCAAAAACCUUCUGUAAUUGGAAUCAAAAUUGUCCACUGGUCAGAGAUGGCUCAGCAGUUAAGAACAUUGGCUGUUCUUUGAUUCCCAGCACCAACAUAAUCACAAGCAUCUGUAACUCCUGUCCCAGGGGAUUGUCUGGCCUCCAUGAAGUACCAGUCAUGCAUAUGGUACCUUACAUGCAGACCAA